AUGGUCUCCUACCCAGACCGCCUUGUUCUCUUGUCUUCUAUUUGCCCUCUGGUUUUCUUCUCUGCUUUGUUUCUCUUCAGCUUUAUCUCUUCCGGGUUGUACCUGUUCUUCUUCUUCUCCACUGUUUCUAUUUGCUGCUGCCUUUUGGCUUUCAGUCUUACCCAUAACGAGAGACCACCAACACCCGACACUUGUUCAGUUACCACCAACACUGAAGUGAUUCCUUCUUCUCCACGGUCCGGUAAACUCACCUACGAUGUGUUCCUGAGUUUCAGAGGUGAAGAUACCCGCAAGAAUUUCACGGACCAUCUCUACACUGCUCUCUUGCAGAAAGGGAUACACACGUUUCGAGAUGAUGAAGAACUUGAGAGGGGGGAAUCGAUUGCUCCCAAUCUCUUGAAAGCAAUCGAAGAAUCAAGAUAUGUCAUUGUUGUCUUCUCACCAAACUACGCCGAUUCUGCAUGGUGUUUGGAUGAGGUUGCCAAGGUCGCCGAUUGCAUGAAGGAAAUGGGAACAAAAGUCCUUCCAGUGUUCUACCAUGUUGAUCCGUCGGAGGUACGAACACAAACAGGAGAGCACUUUGGGAAAGCAUUUGAGAAGCAUCAGAAGAGGUAUAAAAAGGAACCAACCAAAGUACAGAGGUGGAAAGACGCUCUUUUCCAAGUAGGCAAUCUCUCUGGAUGGCACCUGCAAGAUGGGUCUGAAUCCAAAGUAAUUCAAGAAAUUGUAGAAAAGGUUUUCACUGAGAUGAAUAAAAUAAUCUCCACAUCUGAGGGCUUAGUUGGGAUGGAUUCUCACCUGAAUGAACUGUUUCCCUACUUAAACAUUGGGGGUCUCGAUGUUCGCAUCAUAGGGAUUUGUGGAAUGGGUGGUAUUGGGAAGACUACUAUUGCGCAAGUGGUUUUUGAAAGGAUAAGAGCUCAGUUUGAAGGUGAUAGCUUUCUUGAGAACGUUAAAAAUGAAACUGAAAAGCAGGGUAGUACAGUUCAUUUACAAGAGAAACUUCUCUUGAACUUGCUGAAUACUAAUGUCAAUGUACAAAGCCCUAAAAUGGGAAAAGACAUUAUUAAGCAUAGACUAUCUACUAAAAGGGUGCUUGUUGUUCUUGAUGAUGUGGAUAAAGAUGUACAAUUGGAAACAUUGUGUCACCGUACUUGGUUUGGUCCGGGGAGUAGAAUCAUAAUAACAUCCAGAGAUGAACACUUGAUCAGUGCAUCUGGAGCAGAUAAAGUAUACAUGGUGAAUGCAUUAACUGAUCUUGAAGCUUUUGAUCUCUUUCGUUUGAAAGCCUUCAAUGAAGAUGAGACUGGAGAAGAUUUUCUCAAGCUAUCCAAUGAAUUUUUGAAAUAUGCUAAUGGCCUUCCAUUAGCUAUUAAAGUUUUGGGAUCGUCUGUUCGUGGUAGAAAUGUAAAGUUAUGGUCAAGUGCAUUGAAGAGACUUGAAAAAAAUCCUCCAAAAGGAAUUAUUGAUGUUCUUAAAGUCAGUUUUGAUGGAUUAGAAGAAACAGAAAAGAAAACCUUUUUAGACAUCGCGUGUUUCUUUAAAGGAUUGAACAAGGACCGUGUAAUAAGAAUACUAAGUGGUUGUGACGAUGACGGUGUGGAGAUGGAUGUACAAGUUCUUAUUGACAGAUCUUUGGUAACUCUAUUUCGAACAAAUUUGUGGAUGCAUGAUUUGAUACAAGAAAUGGGUCGUGAAGUUGUAAUCCAAGAAUGCCGUGAAGAGCCUGGAAAACGAAGCAGGUUGUGGCUUCUCAAGGAGAUCAUCAAUGUACUAGGUCGGAGUAAGGCAACGAGUGCAGUCCAAAGCAUAUCCCUCCAAUGUCCGGAAAAAGACAAUGUCGUUCACUCAAUCAAUGAUUCCUUCUCAAAUAUGGACGAAUUGAGAUUGCUCAAGAUUUGGAAUGUGAAAUUUUCCGGGAACAUCAACUAUCUUUCGAAUGAGUUACAGUAUCUUGAAUGGCAUGACUGUCAUUUGGAUUCAUUCCCGUCAAACUUUCAACCGGACAAACUCGUUGAAGUUCACAUGCAUUUUAGCCGCAUCAAACAACUAUGGAGGGGAAAACAAGGAUGGAGCAUGCUACGGUCUAUAUGUCUGAAUGGUUCACGAUAUUUGAUAUCGACUCCAGACUUCACUGAAGUUCCUAAUCUUGAAGUGUUGGCACUUCAAGAUUGCACAAGCUUGGUGGAGAUUCACCCGUCUCUUGGCUUUCUGAAGAAACUUAUCUUUUUGAAUAUGGGAAACUGCAAGUCUAUUGAGAGCCUUCCACCUCUCACUAGUUUGGAAUCCCUUAAAAAACUGAGGCUUUCUCUGUGCUCAAAACUGAAGAAGUUUCCAGAAAUUGAAGGGAAUAUGAAAAGCUUGCUGGAGCUUCAUUUGGAUGGGACCAGCAUUGAGGAAUUGCCUGCAUCAAUUGAACGCUUCACUGGUCUGUUAAUGAUGAAUCUAAAAGACUGUAAAAACCUUUUGCGUCUUCCCAAUAACAUUGGGUGCUUGACAUCUUUGAAAAGUCUCUCUCUAACAGGUUGCUCCAAAAUUGAUGAGAUCCCCGAGAAUCUGAAUGGUAUGAAAUGUCUGGAGGAGCUUUUCAUUGGCAGAACUUCCAUAAGGGAGUUAUCUUUCAUUGCAGGCAUGAAGAAUCUACAGCGUCUAUCCUGCCAAGGAUGUACAUGUCUAGUUUCAGAAUCAUGCAAAGGUCUGGCUUCAUUAUCGCGUUUGAUAUGGCUAGACUUGAGUUAUUGCAAUCUGAUGGAUGGAGCGUUUCUCAAUUAUUUUAGCAGCCUAAUCUCCUUAAGACGGUUAAGCUUACGUGGUAAUUGCUUUGUGCGAUUACCUGAAAGUAUCUCUCAACUCUCAAAGCUUGAGAUUCUGGACUUGUGUAAUUGUAGACAGCUUCUAUUGCUGCCCAAGAACCUUCCGUUUAGUCUUCAGAACGUGUAUGCACAAGACUGUACUUCACUGAAGGACUACCCAAACCAAAUCAAAGUAUUGAAAUCAUUCAAUUCGCGAAUGACUAUUGUCAAUUCACUCAAUUCUUCAGCUCCUGGAAUCUCACAAAAUUCCGCAAGGACCGCAGCGUUGUAUUUCUCAGUAGGUGAGGGGGAAUAUACUGUGACAUAUAAGCAUCCAGAGGGAAAACAAGUUGAUCAUUUGCCACUGACAACACAAAGGCCGCCUCUCUUCUCAAUUUCGAAUUACAGUACUGUACUUCCUACAGAUGAAAUUCCAGAGUGGUUCACCACUAUAUCUACCAGAAAUCCCAUUUCAAUUCUGAUGCCUCAAAAUGUGGCCAAUGAUAGCAAGUGGAAGGGAUUUGCCGUGUGUGCUAUAUUCGCAGUCAAGGGGCAUACAGCUCUAUCCGUAAUUGAACCGGAUCCUGAUUUCUGUAAUUACUUGUAUCAAGUCACAUUGAAAACUGACGUUAUGCGUCUUGAACCGGAAGUGUUGGAUUGCACUGACCUAGAUCGCAACCUUGGAUCAUGUUCUCAUCUGCUUGUGAUUUUUACUAUAUCUAGAUUGACGUUUCCUUGGCGGUGGUUAAUUGAUUCAACUGAGGUGAGGGCUAUAUUUAAAACCACCAAUCCAUCCAUGGUGGUUCAGAAAUGUGGGGUUCAUCUAGUGUAUGAGCAAGAUGUUCCAUUAGUUAAUUCCAGAAUAGCCGAUGGGGAUCAAGCGAUUUCUCUGGAAAAGGUUGAGGACUCUGCCUGGCUUAAUCAAUCUUUGAAAUGGGAGAAAUUCAUUCCACCCUUGGAAGAAGAAUCCACACUCGUGGCGAGAAAGAACCUUGAGUCUGUUCUUCCAAGAUACAUUGAGGGACUAAACAGUUAUUCUGCAUCCUACAAAUUCAACCUCAGAGGAAGCCCUGUCUGGUUUCACGACUCGUGCCCCGUUAUUCCGAGGUUAAAUUUUGUUGCUGUUUCAUUCAAGCUGCCUCAAAAUCUACAGAAGAGCAAGAAGUGGAUGGGAUUUGCAAUACAUGCAUCACUUGUAGAGGAAGUGGGGCAAAUGGUGAAAGAGGACAACUAUCGAGUAGUUUUUACACUACGUACUUGCAGUGAUUCUCGUAAGACAGUGUCCCGAGAACUUAAGCACGUCAGGCCGUUGUCAGAAGAACAUCAUCAACUAUUGGUUUUUUACAUACCGCGGGCACUGCUUUCCGAAGUGUUGUUCACUCAGACAUUAGCAACUACAAUGGACUUAGACAUUGAAAUCAUAACUGAGAGCCCUCAUGUAAAGGUUCAAAGAUUUGGGUUCCGUAUUGUGUACGGGGAAGAUAUACAAGGGUUUUCUGAUACGAUUAUCAGGUGCAUGCAGAGGGAAGAUUCUCUUAAAUAUUACGAUAAGUUGGUAGUAGAGAAAUGGAUACAUUUGGUGUGUACCUGCUGCAUUAGCAGAGGUGCCCGUUUAGAGAGGAUAACAGAACGGAAUUCCAGAACCGCACAAGCAACCUUCAGAAAUUGGGACUGGUCUGACCCUCGUCGUGCUGCUUGUUUGUUCGAUAGAGUUGAAAUCUCCAAGUUGAAAUGGUUCGUGCCUUUCAUCAACCAAGGCAACUCUGCCGAAAUCCAACUGCCUCCGAAUGUGUUUGAUGAUGAUAACUGGUUGGGGUUUGCUGUAUGUGUUCAGUGGUCCCGCUCUUCUUCUUCUUCAGAGGAUGUUGUGCUUAUUUCUCGACUGGACUCUGAUGUUGCUUGGCACGGCUUAUUUGAUCACAAGUCGCAUGUAAUUAUUGGGCUAUUCGAGACACCUAAAGAUGAAUUAUAUGAUGUGACUCGGUUCCAUUAUAUACCGCGCGCUAUAGUUAAUAGUAAGAUGUGGAGGCAAUGCAAAUUGGCCAGGAUAACUGUGUGGUUCUCCAGCCCAUGCGCAGCAGUAGUGCAUACUUGUGCCCUUCGUCUACUAUUUAAGGACGACAUUGAACAUCUAGUUGAGACACUCACUAUUGCUGCAUGUGACGAAAACCCUUAUUUCAUCCGUCUCCCUGCUGUGUUGAGUGAACCACUGUAAAUCUUUAUUUGUUUGUUAUGCUUCUGCACAAUACGUGGUUGAAGAGCUUCAAGUUCCUCCGACAUAGCGUGUUCCCAUGUAUCAGCUAAACAUGUAGCGCCAGAGUAAUGCAUAGUGAUCAUAGCUUCUAGCAAAGUAAAGCGUCUGAAACGAUGAGAAGGUUUCAUAUCUUGACUAUCCCAGCUUUGGAUCUGGUGAUCAUUUGGUGUGUACCUGCAUUAGCAGAAUAAACGUGAUAGCACAGGUUGAACAU